GGCCAGUGGAAAUUGUUAAGAUGUGUCCAAAGAGGCUUCAAAUUCCACCUCAGCCGACUGUGGAUGCUCAAAGUACACACUAUAAUUUUCUGCGCCUCUGCCCAUCUAACAAAGCUGGUGUAAAUGGGGCAAACCCAAUGAAGGCAGAUGAGUUUAGGCCGAGGUGGAAUCUGAAGCCCAGCUUCUCGAACAAAACCAACACCCAUCCAGAUUCAAUUUAUUGUAACGGCUUAGUUUUAAACUCACUUAUGGCCAGUUAAAUAGCGGGCAGCGAAGAGAGAGUGUGUGACAAAAAUCCACCCCGGGAUCUGCUCAAAGGACCAGCUGCGCCUCCCUCCACUGUGACGAGAUUGAAUGGAGGAGACAUGGGUGGGAGAGGAGACUGCAAGCCGCUCGGGGCAGGGGGCCGCCGCUCAGCCAAAGGCGCUAUAAAUAGGCGAGAUCCCCCCAGCCAGCGACAGAGCGAGCGAGGCCUGCCCGCUCGGCGUGCCAGAUUUGCAGCGGGCGGGCAGGGCCCCCUGCUGCCCGCCGGCUGUGUACGCAACAAGGCGGGCUUUCGCCGAGUGAGGCGGCGCUGACUCAGCCUGGGCCGAAGGAAGCGCAGGGCAAUGGCGCUCAGCCCCCCCGAGAGGCAGCCGGGCCCGCCCGAGCCCCCGAGCCCGGCAGCGGCGGCGGCGGCGGCGCCACAGCAGCACCAGGCGGACGACGAGGCCGACCUCGACCCCGACCCGCAGCAGCAGCUGAGCGGCCUGGAGCCCGACGCCGGCGAGGGGAUCCCGCUGCACUCGCCGUGGACCUUCUGGCUCGACAAGUGAGUGCGGGGCCGCCGGCACACCGGAUGGGGAAGGCGAGCGGCAGGAGGAGGAGGAGGAGGAGGAGAAGCAGUUCGCGGCGAGAGCGCGCGGCCUGGAGCUCGCCUCUCCCGCGCCGGUAGGGUGGGAAAAGGCGCGGGAGAGGGGGCAGCCACGGGGGUGGGCGGCGUAGGACCGGCCUUUGUUCGCCGCCGCCGCCUCCUCUCCUGCUCAGCUCGCUCCUUCCCCGUCCCCACGGCGAAUUAAUCCCUUCUCCGCCGAGGGCAACGAAAAGGGCGGGGGGGUCUUCUCUUCUCCAGCCCCACCGAUUGCUUCACUUCGCUUAACCCACCCGGAGCUGCUGUUUCUACCCCCACCCCGCAACCAGCCCUGGGCGCCCUCAGGCUCGCUUUCUCCUCCUUGCUAUUUCCAGGGCUCUCAACGCGAGUUUUGAACUCUUGAGAGCCGGGGAUCAUCCCUGUUAAGCGUGUUGAAGUGAUAGAGGCUCUUAGAGGGAAGUGAUAGAGGCUCAUUUUUCCUGACUCGGUGGUAUCCACACACAAUGCACGCGCGGAUCUAGCUUGCAGGCAGAAAAGGCAACAAGUGCAGCUUCACCCCUCCUCAAGGUUUGAGACGCACAAGAGCCUUGGUCGGGUGGGAAAAGGGCAACAUUACUCGGUGGGUUGCCUUGGGAAAGGCUCGCCUCUUAGGUACCCUAGAAGAACUUGGGGCAUGCUAGCUCUUGUGUUUUUAUCCCAUUGGGUGGCAUUUCUGCUCCGCUUCCCUUUGUUGCCAGUUUCGGAACUUCUUUUUAAUGCAUCCAGCACUUAAGGUGGUUUGUUUAUUGAUUUAAGCAACCUUCUCUGGAUAGUUUUCAGGCCAGCUGCUGUCUGGAAAUACAUCCCCAAGGGCAUGGAUUCCCUAAGCUAAAGCAAAGCAAAACAAAGUAUUUGUUUUGCCCUGGCCUCCUUUGGGAGGAAGGGUGAGAUAUAAAUUUAACAAUAAUGUUUUUUAAUUGCAUGUACCAUAAAACGGGCCUUGAUGAGAAACAUAUUGUUAUGUGCACCCGGUUUUCCCCACCAGUGACAAGAAGUUAAAAGGGGUACUGCUACUUCUUUUGCAUCAGUGGACACUGCAGUCCACAUGCUUUAUUUAAAAAAAAAACCUCAUAAGGCAUAAAUUGAGGCAAAGACUUAGCCAUUAAAAAGUUAGCCAUAAUCCUUUACCCAAUAUCAGAGAGGGGCCGUGCCACCCUCUUACCAGCUAAACAGUUUCUGUCUCCCUGCUUACCUUCGAGACUGCUUACUGUUGUUUUCCACACUCAUUCUUCCUAAUCUUCCCCUCAGACCCAACCCCACACGUAAAUUUGACGGGGGCACAUCCACACCCAUUAAAGAACAGUGGGGCUGCUAUCCUAUAUGCUUUUACCUGGGAGUAAGUCCCACUGAACAAACAUGUAGGAUUGUGUUGCAAGGUUCUUCUGUGCCACAUUACGGAGUCACUUUAGAAGUCAUCUUGGGGGGGGAAAGCAUAGUGGUAAUAUAUGUAAUAUUCACAAUUUAGAAAUGACUCCUUUUUCGCCCUUUAAAGGUGUGUAUUCCAGGUCACAGUGCAAACAGAUGACUCCUUAAUAACCAUUAACCAUCCUAUUUGGCAUUAUCUUUCUGUGCAUGCCUGUAAGAAACUAUGGUGUUGGUGAAGUGGAUUAUAAUGAAAGUUAGGGAACUAGUGGGUGGUAAUUAUUCUGGAUUAAAUGCAGAUUAUUUACUCUUAGGUUUCACACACACACAAAGACACUUACUGAACAUAUAUCAGUGGCAAACAUUAUUUCAACACAAACCUUACAAUCCAUGCUUGAUUGCCCCCUUCCUUUAAAGUCCUACGAUGGGCAGACAUUCAACAGGUGAAACUUUUUUACAAUUUUGGCAAUUUUUACAAAGGAUUAACUCUUCCCUUCUCAUUAAGUUUUGUGUUGCUAUUUUAUUUUAUAUAAACCCAUAUUCUUGAAAUAUCCUUCUAUGGUUGAAACUUUGAUCUGCUCUUAACUGUCCAUAAUUUGCAACAUGAUCUCUUCCUACCUUGUUUUUCAUUCACUGCUUUAAAAUAGAGCUGUCUGAGAAUCCAUCCUUCCCUCCACUCAUUAUAAAAAACAAACAAACCUUGGUUCCCCUCUCUGUUUUGCUAAGAAACCAUAAUCCUUUCUUAAAAUCUCUAUCCGGUGUUUAUUUUCCACAAAAUUCAAAGCCAUAUAAGACUUGAUUCCAGUGUCUCUCACUCCAGAUCCACUCCUCCAGGCAUUACAAAAUCAGACUGACAUGCUUGCUUUCUUAUACUGCAUCAGACUACAAUUGGUUGCUUCUUUAGCCUUGCUUUUUAUAACUCCAUGAUAUCCCAGUACUUGUCAAAUGACACACACGCACGCUGUCCAUUCGGAGCUUGUCAUAGGUGGUUGGCUUGUUUUCCUGUACCAAUCUGCUUUUGUAACUUGAGAAAGAAACAUGUCCUUGAGGUAUAAACAGCUUUCUCUGGCAAGCUACAUAAAUCCUGAAAUGUUCUUAUGACCAAUUGCAUUUUAUUAGCACCUUUUACAACCACUGAAGGGUUUGCUGAAAUGAAAUACUAAGGGACAAGCUACAAUGUGACCAUGGUAGUUUUGUGUACUUAAAAAUGGAACUCUGAUAUCGUGAAGAUAGUGGGAAGUGCAUCUGAUUUUAACAGCAAAAGGAACUCAUGGGUGAGAUGUGCCGCCCCUUUACCUCUCACAGCCAAAGUCACUUGAUGUAUUAGAGCUCAGCAAAAGUACUUGGGAAAGAGGAUGCAAGGAGGUAAGGAAGUAGCAUUGUUCACUUCUCAUCUGAGUCCCCAUGUUUGCUGCUAAAAUCACAUCUCUGCCAUCUCAUUGUCCACUUAAACUCAUCAGGAAAUUAUCCUUUUUAAAUUUUCUCAUAGCUUGUAGGCCAAGAUUGCUCCUGCUGCCUUUGAAUUAUAGCCAUCGUACAUUAGGUAUUUUAACACAUGGCAGGGCGUCUUGCUGUAGGAUAAAGCACGAUCUAAGCUACCUCACCUUACAAACCCCUUCGGUAUAAUCCACAUAUUGAUUGUAGAAGCAAGCAAGGUGCCCAAAACGCAAUGUGUCUGCAGGCCAGGAAUAGUUCAGCAAAACCAUUCAAAAGGCCUUGGGCAAGCAAACCAAGCAACAAAAAAAGUGACGAGAAAUCUCAAGGGUCGCUAUAAGCCAAUAUUUAUAUUAUUUAAUACAUUUAUAUCUCACCUUUUUCCCAAGUUGGGAUUCAACAGAUGUGGCACUGAAGAUGAUGUUAGGUGCUUUUCUGUUGUUGCUUUUUUUAAAAAAAGUUCCCCCUCCCCUGGGACUAAUCCAUAGAAUCCAGUUUUCACCAGUUACAUGAAGUACCCAAAAAGUUAAUAUCAUUGAUUAGAUACAUAUUAUUUAGGUAUAUAUAUUUGGUUAUAUACUGUGGUGGGGGUAUCAGUGAGUUUUGUACUAGUUUCUUAAGGGCAGGAAUUGUGAAGGAGAGAUAAUAUUUAAGCGUGCAGAAGUAGAGGACAAGGAAUCAAAUCUCUGUCCAGAUUGUAAUUUACGUCCUAAGUCAGGGGUAUAGCCAACAUCAGGCAUUGGCAAACUCCGGCCCUCCAGAUGUUUGGCACUACAAUUCCCAUCAUCUCUGACCACUGGUCCUGUUAGCUAGGGAUGAUGGGAAUUGUAGUCCCAAACUUCUGGAGGGCUGGAGUUUGCCUAUGCCUGGCCAACAUAGUGACCGCCAGAUGUUUGUUGUACUACAGCUCCCACCCCUGACAGUUGAUCAUUCUGAACGGCACUAUGCUGGCAACUACUGCCCAAAGCCGUUAGCAAAAGCUGUUUUGUUCAUUAAAAAAACAACUCUUCAUACUCUUGAGUUUCUAUGAUUGCUAUCAUUUUAUGUGUUGGUUUCAUGCAUAAUUACACUCAGGGAGCCAUCUAGAUAUUUACAACCUUUCAUUUCAGUUGUCUGUAUCUCAUGUUUUUUGAAAAAAAUAAAAUAUCAGGCUGUCAGGGGUUCAGGGAGAGAGGCACAGGGUAGGCAGGAGAUGGAGAGCGAGGGGGAGGAAUUCCAAGCCAGCGAGGAAGAGGAUGACAAUGACUCAAGGGAUUCCAUGAGUCUUUCCAGCGAAUCAGAGGAUUCCCAGAAGGGGGCGCCGGUGGUCAAGGCCAGGGGAGCCCCAGGGGGGAAAUGUCAGGAGCAGGGUGCCAGCGGAGGAUCCCAAAGUGGCAGCUGGGCGUCAGGACCAGCCUCCCCACCAAAGUGCAGCGAAAGGGGUGGAGUUUCCAGUGUGUCAGAGGAAGCAGCUCCAGCAGCAGAGAAAGGAGGGGGGUCAGAGCAAGCCGCCCUCCCGGAAGGGGAGGGGAGCAGUGAAGGGAGUAGUGUAACUGUCAAAAGGAAAGUUAGAGGUGUGGCGCGCGCGCCUAGUUCAAAUGUAGAGGCGCGCGGAAGUGCAGGGAGCCCGGAGGAGGGGCCAGGUCCCAAAGCCCGCAGGAGGGGGGGAAGAGCAGUCUGAUUCCGCGUCAGAGGAAUCCAGAAGGGGGGAAACCCCAGUGGGUAGAAGGACCCUGCGGAAAAGGAAGGAGAGAAAGAGGUGGAGCAGCGCAAGUCUCUUAAAUUGGUGCAGAGGAGGGACUGACUCAGAGGGGACUUCGGCGGUCUAGCGUAAGAGACGUAAGGCUGCGCGCCUAGGAUGUCAAGUAAACCAUGAACUGCAAUAAACACCUUUGUAUACAAGAAGACGUAGGCGUUGGUCUUUUGUGAGCUAAGACUUGAGGCAGCCUUGACACAGGCCUUUGAUGAUACAAAUCCUUCCAAGGUUGUUUAAUUACUUGGAUGCCAACAGUAAGACAUUACUGAAAGGUAACAAACCCAAGAUCAGCUUGCAGAAAUGCCACCAAAGUGAGUGAGACUCACAUAAAUGGAAUACUCUGAAAUUUCUGUACAUGCUGGUUAUACUGUUAUGUAAUAUGCCGCACAAGCAGAGAAUCCCCCACUCAAGAUAUGCCUCCUAAUUUGAGGGCUACUUUAGCAGGAAGUCAGCCCACUGCACGUUUUCCAUCACAGCCUUGUUUUCAGUAAGGAAACAUUUGUAAAAUGUUCUGCGGUUACAUCAGUAACCCUACCUGACCCCAACCUAUUAUUAGAAGCCAUAGUCUUGAGGACAGAACAGGGCAGCUGGGCACUUGCUGAGGUUUAUUAUUAUUUAGAUGAUUGGAAAUUAGAGUACUGUAAUUGGCAGGCUAAGUCUGGAACAGGACUCCUCUUCUGCCUUCAGUUCCACCCCAAGUUAAUCUGGCCUUCUCACAUGCAGAAUAGAAUCUUCUGAAAUACUUUUUGCAGAGGUGGGGAGGCUGGGGCCCUAUGGAUGCUGUUGGAUUCCAGCUUCCAUCAGUCCCAGUCAGCCUCACCACUGGCCAGAGAUGAUUAUGUGAGUAGUAGUCCAACAAUAUAUGGAGGGCCAGUGUUUCCCUGUUUUAAUGACUGGACUAAAGUGCGGUGGUCACAUUUUGCAGUGGUAGCAGUCCAUCUGAGGCAUGCAUAAAAGCUAGGCCAGCUUAAAAGGCCCAUCUAUUCUGCUUAAACAGUGGCCAGCCAGAUUCAGGUAAAUUGGUUCUCAUAAUAAAUACCAAACACAUGCAAAUAAACACAUGCCAAUCGCAAGCACAAUGCCUUCUUUGGUUGUACGAAAGAGCAGAAGUCAUUGGUUCGUAUCUUGGUCACCCUCCUCUGCACAUGUUCCAGCUUCACCUGGUAGGUAGUUUGGCUAGAUUACUGGGACCUAUGGUCCAGGAGGUAGGAUGAAUCCCCUUUGGGUCAAAGCACAUUUGGCGUCUUCCUACUUGGCAGAUUACGACUGCACAGCCUGCAAUUGACACAACAGCUCUGUGGAUUGAAUGUGGUUAGCUUGGUAGCCAAAGUGACAACCUUCAACCUUACAGGCUAUUCUACAAAAGUUACCAGUUUAUUUACCCAGUCAUAUGUUAGCUAUUCAUGGCAUUUAGAUUUUGUGGAAGAGAAGAACCUGUUCUUCCAACCAAAUUACCCCACCUGAUUGCCAAGUGGUGAAUCUUGCAAGCUGCUGUGUUUGGCUGCUUGAAUCAUUGAAUCUUGGAGUCGGAAGGAACACCAAGGGUCAUCUAGUCCAACCCUCUGCAAUGCAGGAAUCUCAGCUAAAGCCUGUGGACUUUUAACAAAUAUUUGUAUGCCACUUUUCCAGACAAAACCCAUCCAAAGCAACUUAGCAACAAUAAAAUUGCUAAGAGUAACUGACAAAAUUGAAACAGACUCAGAACUCCUGCUCCUUAACCGUACUCUAGAUUGCAGUCAGUGCUAGUGUAGGCCAAACAAAACAAAUGAUUAUUUAAGGCCUUCUGAAAAGCCUUUGUAAUCACAUGCUGCCACUCUACUGGGGGUGUUAAUAGUGUGGAGCCACCACAGAAAAAGCCCCCACUCUUGUGAUCACCCACCUGAUAGAUCCAGGAGGUUUUCACAGUCCAGGGGAUGCCCUCAGAUGCUAGGGCCUCACUUACAGGAGGUAUAAGCCUCUCACUUAAGUAUUCAUAAGCAAGGGUAGUAUUGCAGAUACAGCACAGUCCAAACCAGGGGUUGGCAAAAAAAAUUAGCCGCGGGCCGGUCCACUGUCCCUCAGACUUUGUGGUGGGUCGGAGAAGCGGCGCUGGGGGGGGGGGGAGCUGGAAGAAGAGGCAAGGGGGGGCAAGUAGUCCUCCUCCCCAGCCCCACUUACCUUCCCAGGGGCUGCCGUCGCUGCUGCUUCUUGUGGGAAGGCAGAGCGAGCUCAUCCGCUCCACUCUCUGGCCCACAGGAGUACCAGAGUGGUGGCGGCAGAGUGAAGAUGAGCGGUGUGAAAGGGCUGGCUCUGGAGAGGGGCUGUUUAAAAUGGCGCCCAGCCAGCUCAGCCCAGCUCCCUUCCUCCUGUAGGCAGGGCGGGGAGAAGCCAGGAGGAGGGAGGGAUGAGGCGCCGCCACCACGGUGUGUGUGGGGGGGAAUGGAAUGGUGCGGGGUGUGGGGAAUGGUGCAGCCCGAACGAAUAGAAUCCCUAUGCCGAUCCAUGGACAGUCCGCGGGCUGGAUCCUGAAGGCAAUUGGGCCUAAUCUGGCCCCUGGUACUUAGUUUGCCAACCCCUGGUCCAAACAAACCAGGAUCAAGCAUCAAGAAUCAGUCUAGGUUCAAAUGUGAUCUAGGGAGAAAGGCAACAGUCCAAGGGCAGAUAGUUCAGGUAAGGCAGAAAAACUAGGAGCUAGAGACCUGUGUUAUUCCCAGCAAGUGGCAAGCUGGAGAUGGAGGCCUUAUACUAACUAGCCUUUUAAACCACACCCUGACCACCAGCUGCUAGCUAGUAAGGCCCAGAACAGUUUAGGGGUUGUGGGGUGGAGGGAAUAGGGGAUAAGUAUCAUUGUGUGAGUGGACUUCCUUCCAUGCGCACAUUCCCCACUUAGUGCUACACUGAAUUUCAUCCACAAUCGUAGAAAUAAACCUAAUGAGAAUCUGCAUCACUCUGCAUAGUACUGUUCUGUAUGGCAUUGUUAUAGUGAUCAAAGAGCCUCUGUUCCAGAAAGAGAGAGAAAUAAAAGGGAAGAGGUAACUUGGAGAGCUUCGUUUGUACACAUCACCACCUACAGGCACACCUGACAUUUGCAGCACAGUCAUUUGAAGUUUGUUCUGUCACUCCCCUCUGCAGAAGGGGAGAGGAGGGAGGUCAUAAGACUUGCAAAACCUGAUGCACAUCUGGGAUUAGCACAUACUGGAUCACCAGUAUGUGGUUGUGGUUUCCAGGAGUCCCGGCACCUUUGUUACUGCUAGAAAUGUUAGUAGUAACUUGAACCAGAAUUUUGUAAUCUGAUUUUUAUCUCUCUGUGCUAUUGCACCACAUUCUGCUAAUUGUGAAACAUUAGAUUUUACUAUGUAUUUGUUUAAUAUUACCGUACACUUUUUGCACAUUUUAUGAUUAUAAUUUUGCAUGAAAUGUAAAGUACAUGUACGUUUUUAAAGAGCCUGACAAAUAUUCAUGAUGUAGACUAAAAACUUAGAAAAUAUUUGUUUCACCUAGAAUAUUUCUCUGGGGUGUGUGGGGGGAUUUAUGGUGCUGUAUGUGUUAUGCAUGGUUAAAAAGACAGGGUUGUAGUUAACUAUCUUUUACUUGGAGUAGAUCUAUUGAAAUUAAUUGACCUAAGUUAGUUGUGGUCACUAAUUUCAGUGUGUGUUCUCUGCAUAAAAGUUGACUACAGCCCACUAUGAGUGAGUUAAAAGCACUGUAGCCAGAUGUUAUUUAACCAAAAAAGGUUUAGUUUAACAUGUUAAGUAAAGGUUUCUCGUGUUCAUUCAGUGACAGGAAAUUUAAUUGAAUUUGUACAAAUAUUUAUAUACUGCUUAUUCAUAAAUGAUAUCGGAGUGGUUUACAACAGUCAUACUUAAAACUAUAUGUCAGGGGUUCAGGAGCAGAGGCAAGGGCAAGGGAGGAAACAGAGAGCGAGGGGGAGGAGGCAGAAGAAAAGAUGAGUGAUGACGACGACCCGAGAUCUCCGAGUCUUUCCAGUGAAUCAGAAGAUUCACAGAAAGGAGCACCAGUGGCCAGGGCAAGGGGAGCCUAGGGGACGCCCCAGGAAGAUAGAGCCAGAGGGGACUCAGAGGGGAGCAGUUGGAAAUCGGGACCAGCGUCACCGCCAGAGAGCAGGGAAGAGGAAGGGAGCCAGGGAUCAAGCGCUGGCAGCUCACAGCAGGGGGGAGGGCACGAGUCAGGAGUGGCCACACCUCCAUCGGGGAGCGAAGAAACGGUCAGACGGAAGGUGGAAGGUUGGGCGCGCGCGCCAAGUUCAAAUGCACAGGAAGGUGGCACAGUAGGCAGCCCGGAAAGGGAGCCAGGUCCCAAAGCCCGCCGAAAGGAGGGAGAAGAGUCAGGAGCGUCAGCGUCAGAGGAAUCCCGGAAAGAAGAGACCCCAGGGGGCAGAGGGACCCAGAGAAGAACAGUCAGGCGGAAAAGGUGGAGCAGGGCUAGGAUAUUAAGUUGGUGUACAAGGGGCGGAGACUCAGACGGAGCUUCGCCGGUCUAACCAUGAGACGUAGAGUUGCACGCAGCAGUUUGAGAAUGGAAACUGUAACUCAAUAAAGACUUUUGUUUAAUGAUCGCUGGCUAGCGUGAUCCUCUGUGAGCUAGGAUCUGGAAGCAGCUCUGACACUAUACAAUAAAAAUAAGAAUAUUUUUAAACCAGAGAUCAACUAACUAUUUCAGAAGUGUAUAAAUUGCAGCUGUUAAGGGACACACUCUUAACAGACAUGCUGUUUAGGCAUCAUUUGUAUACAGUGGUGCCUCGCAAGACGAAAUUAAUCCGUUCCGCGAGAGUCUUCGUCUAGCGGUUUUUUCGUCUUGCGAAGCAAGCCCAUUGACGGAUUAGCGCUAUUAGCGCUAUUAGCGGUUUAGCGGCUAUUAAAGGCUUAAAGGCUUAGGGGAUUAGCUGCUAAAAGGCUAUUAAAGGCUAUUAAAGGCUUAGCAGAUUAGAUAAAGGGGGAAAAGCGAAAAAAACCUCAAGACUCGUAAGGUAUUUUCGUCUUGCGAGCAAGCCCAUAGGGGAAUUCGUCCUGCGAAGCAACUUCAAAACAGAAAACCCUUUCGUCUAGCGGUUUUUCCGUCUUGCGAGGCAUUCGUCUUGCGGGGCACCACUGUAUUAUCCUCUGCUGUUGCUAGUUCCAGUUUCACUGGAAUAGGUUAGUUCUUAUUCCACCAUGAAAUAGGGUGACUGUCAGUGGCCAUCUGACAUUUGCCCUCUUAAUUUCAGGGAAGUGAAAGUAAUGAAAGCCUUGUGGAGUAAAUUACUGGCCAAAAACAACUUGUUGUCAUCACCAUAACUACGUUGAGUGUCUUCUGAAAGAGACUGUAGGAACCGCUCAACAAAAUUUGUUUCAGGCAUGCACUGUUGUCUGAUUACAGUGGUACCUCGCAAGACGAAUGCCUUGCAAGACAAAAGACGAAAGGGUUUUUUAUUUUUUGAGCUGCUUCGCAAGACGAUUUUCCCUAUGGGCUUGCUUCGCAAGACGGAAACGUCUUGCAAGUUUUUUUUUUUCUUAACACCGUUAAUACAGUUGCGACUUGACUUCGAGGAGCAACUCAUAGAACGCGGUGUGGUAGCCUGUUUUGAGGUUUUUAAAGACUUUGGUGAUUUUUGAAGCUUUUCCAAAACUUUCCCGACACCGUGCUUCGCAAGACGAAAAAAAUCGCAAGACGACAAAACUCGCGGAACGAAUUAAUUUCGUCUUACGAGGCACCACUGUACAGUUACUUAAUUUGCACUGAAAUACCAUUCUCAGCCUGGCAGGCCAAGGUUACCUUUGGAGUGCUUACAGAAUGUUUCCACAUCAGUAUUAAAUUGUCCCCUUGGAACUCUUUCAUGGACAUUUUGAUAUUGCCAAACUUACUUUGUUGUGCCAAGUCUCUCCCUCUCUUCUUCCAAAACGUAUUUUAGUUUGCUGGAGAAAAUAGUUUAACGUUUAGGUGGGAAUGUCAACCUGGGCCCAGUGCUGGCCUGUAUGCCAAUCCUCUAUAAAGUUAAUGAUAAAUCUUUCAUUGACAUAACCAGAUGUAGACAAUGGCAGCCUUUGGAAACAUAUUUCACCAUCUGAUAUAGCAGGAGAGCUACAUUUUGUCUACACUGUGGGGCAGAUUCAAAAUGAGGAUCAUUUUGCUUCAUGGAUUCAGCACUUAGGUCUGUUUCACACCAAGAUACAUGUAUGUAUUAAGGUAGUAGUUCUAUAAACAGAAGAGCUUCACUUGCAGAAGUAAAUUCAUACAUCAAGGCUGCCAGGCAGACCCUCUUUUGCACCCAUCUGCUUGUUUGUGUUUAGUGAGGGUUGGGUAAUCCAGGAUUUAGUAUGCAGCCUGUGUUGGACAGGGCUGCACUCCUCACAGGAAGUUGCCUUACACCAAGCCAUGUCAUUAGUUUAUCUAGCACUGCUAGGGAUGCAGGUGGUGCUGUGGUCUAAACCACUGAGUUUGCCGAUCAGAAGGUUGGCGGUUCAAAUCCUCGUGAUGGAGUGAGCUCCCGUUGCUCUGUCCCAGCUCCUGCCAACCUAGCAGUUCGAAAGCACACCAGUGCAAGCUGAUAAAUAGGUACGGCUGUGGCGGAAAGGUAAACAGCGUUUCUGUGUGCUCUGGCUUCCGUCGCGCCAGAAGCAGUUUAGUCAUGCUGGCCACGUGACCUGGAAAGCAGUCUAUGGACAAACACUGCCUCCUUUGGCCUGAAAGUGAGAUGAGCACCGCACCCCAUAGUCAAGUUUGACUGGACUUAACCGCCCAGGGGUCCUUUACCUUUUAUACCUAUCUAGCACUCUAUUGUUUGCACUGACUGGCAGCUCUCCAUGAUUUCAGACAGGGGUCUCUCCAGCCUUUCCUGGAGGUGCCAGGGAUUAAAUAUGGGAUCCUUCUGCAUGCAAAGAGCAUCAUAGAAUAGAAUAGAAUCAUAGAGUUGGAAGAGACCACAAGGGCCAUCGAGUCCAACCCCCUGCCAAGCAGUAUCCUUUACUACUGGGGCAUUGCCCAGCCACUUUUAGGAUGCAGAGUUGUAGUCCAUCUGUCUCUGCUUCUAAUCACUGCUGCUACCUGAUCAUCCAGGAGUCCUUUGUCUAGGUUUUGUUGGCUAUUUCACAGAUUAGUUGGGCUGCAGAAAGCGUGCUGGAGAGACCACACAUUCAAGAAACGCAAAAGUAACUUUUGCUUGGUUUAAUAACAAAUAAAGUGGUACCUCGGGUUAAGAACUUAAUUCGUUCUGGAGGUCUGUUCUUAACCUGAAACGGUUCUUAACCUGAAGCACCACUUUAGCUAACGGGGCCUCCCGCUGCCUGCACGAUUUCUGUUCUCAUCCUGAAGCAAAGUUCUUAACUCAAGGUAAUAUUUCUGGGUUAGCAGAGUCUGUAACCUGAAGCGUAUGUAACCCGAGGUACUACUGUAACAAAAACAAAAAUUCCUUUUACACUAAAUUACAUUAUAUCCAUAAGUGUGACCCAUCCACCAAGGUACUGAGAGAGCUACAUGCUGCUCUUUAUAUACUAUACCCAACAGCUUAAUUAACAUAACAGCACCUGCUAUACUGCUUCACAGCUGUAAAACUAGGUCAUGUUAUUUGCUCUGGCCCUUAAAGACAUACAAAUCUCGUGAAACAAUAAUGAAACCUAAAAUUUAAAGAAACCAUUCAACAGGUUUGACUAUUACACCACCUGUGUUCUUUCCUGGAGAUGACUGACCUGGCCACAGUCACACAUGCUUUAGUAACCUCUAAACUGGAUCCCCGUAAUGUGUGUUUGGUGGGACUGCCCUUGAAAAGCAUCCUGAAACUAUGCUGUUUCUUAGUAUUGUCUGAGGCAAUCUGCAGUGAAUCAUAUCUCUUUUACAAUUUUUGCCCAUUUGGGUAUUUCCCCCUCUUUAAAAUACAACUUGUGAAAGUGUACCAAAGAAGCCUGUGAUAGUAAUAAUGAGUAGAUCACUAGUAGGUUCUCGGGAAUCUGUUUUGUGUUAGGUGCAGCAGAUGAAAGUUAAUAGUCUAAGGCAGCUAACUAGAAGCUAUCAGUUUGGGGGAAAUCUGACUUGAGUGCAUGUGCAUUUUCUAGUUAAGUUUUUAAUAAGAUGAUUCAGCAUCUCUCUUCAGCAUACCAAAGGAGAAAUCAGUUUUCUCAAGCUGUUGUAAAAUGACAUGUGGUUCAUCGCUAUGUGAGGCAAAUUACUGGAAAAAUCUCUGUUCUACCCGUACUUUAAAAAUAGUUAAGAUAGCUAAGAUUUCUGCCACCUGCAAAUGUACUGAGUGCUUCUCCAAUCAACAGAAAUAGUAUUUGGAACUAAAAACAAGAGGCGUGAUCCAGAGAGAUGUACAAUUAGAAGUGAAUUUUGCAUGUCUAGCCAUUCCAACAGUCAUUGGUUUUGAUGUUGUACGUUACCUUCUUUUCAGACAGAAUCUAAAUCCACUCAUUCCCUAUAUUGUCAUGGAUUUGGGUUGCUUUUUUAAAAUAAAAAGUUGUAAUGUAAUGAUUACCUCUGGCUAGAGCAAACAUUACAAGAAGGGAUACUUUUUCAGUACAUUAAGCAUUAUCUCACUUUCCAUCUGUUUAUGAAACUGUUAGCAGAAGCCACGUAGCUCCAAUCACACAUUCAUUUGGCUCCUCUUCUAUAACAAAGAUAACAUAAUCUCUUUGCUAUCCUGAGUUUGGUAGUCUCUUUUGAAGGCCCAAAAGAUAGCUUGCUUGAUAAAUUAUCCCAAUUUGGAGCUUUUCGUGGUACAAAAAAAGGGGUCAGUUCUUACAGCAAGCCAAGUGUUCCCGUUAAGUAGCUAUAAAGGUGCGCCUUGGGUUUCAGUAAUUCUGUAGGUGAGCAAAGACUGAAUCCAAGCCCAGAGAAAACACUACCCCUUUGCUUCAGAUACCGCUAAUGGGAUCUUUUUGCUUUGCAAGACUUGUCCAUCUUGCUGCUAUGGUUGUCAGCUUAUGGUUGUAAUUGGUUACUGAACCAUAUUGGGUGCAUAUCGCUUGCAUGAGAUUAGAUAGAUCCUGGUAACUCAGUAGUCCAGGCAUAGGCAAACUCGGCCCUCCAGAUGUUUUGGGACUACAACUCCCAUCAUCCCUGACCACUGGUCCUGUUAGCUAGGGUUGAUGGGAGUUGUAGUCCCAAAACAUCUGGAGGGCCAAGUUUGCCUAUGCCUGCAAUAGUCUAUAGGAUGCUGUUCAAGUUAGUUUCACAAUGGAGAAGCAACAUUAUUCCUCCAGAGUUAGUCUCUUAUAAAAAGUAUUCCAGGGUAUCUGUAUCCAGUGUUUUGUUUUUUGGUUUUUUUUGGGGGGGGGGUACGCAGGGGGUACGCAUACCCCUAAACAUUUUGUGAAUCUAAGUUUGGCCUCAUUGGGGGGCAGUAUUUCAAUAUGAGUAGGAAAAUGAGAGUAUCCCCCAAACACUUUUUAGAAGAAAAGCACUGUCUAUAUGGAUAACUUAACCAGAAGUAUAUUGUACUGUAUUUGUACGAAAUUUAUGCAGGUAUAUUUAAGACCUCUGCAUGGCCCGUUUCAUUAUGAGAACAGGGUCCCAUGAUAAAAGAAUAAAAUAGUUAAAAGAAUAAAAGAGCUUUUAUUCUUGGAUUUUACUCACUAUAGACAGGGUCUUGCUAGAUUUAUAGAAUGUGGCCAUCUAGUGGCACAGAUGUAAAAUGAAUAGAAUAAUUUAUUAAAACCCCUGUGUUGUGAGAAUAAUGCUUCUUUAAGCCUUGUGAGAUGCAGAAUAUGUUUAAAAUGCAGUGGUACCUCUAGUUAUGAACUUAAUUCAUUCCGGAGGUCCAUUCUUGACCUGAAACUGUUCUUAACUAGAGGCGUGCUUUCACUAAUGGGGCCUCUUGCUGCUGCUGCGCCACCAGCACACGAUUUCUGUUCUCAUCCUGGGGCAAAGUUCUCAACUUGAGGUAACUCUUCCAGGUUAGCGGAGUUUGUAAUCUGAAGCGUUUGUAACCUGAAGCAUUUUUAACUCGAGGUACCACUGUAUAUCCCUGUGGCCAGUGCUUUUUUUUUCUUUAAAAAAAAAAGUUUAGGGGUACUCUCAUUUUGACUCAAGACAACCACCAUUUUACAGUUCAAAUCGGGGGAAAUAAAUACAGUAAAUGGACAAAAGUACAGAAAUUCACAAAAUGUUUAGGGGUAUGGGUACCCCUGCGUACCCCCAGAAAAAAGCACUGCCUGUGGCUAAAAUAAGGAUUGAAGCUAAAGAACGUCCGUGGAGGUUUGGGUGGAUAUGGGCAGCCCACCCUCCUCAGACAGUAUUUCUUCCAAUUUGUCAGUGUUCAUCAUAUUUACAAAGAAGUAAUUUCCUACUGUAUUCAAUGGAGGCAAGUGUGUUGCAGUAUUAUGCUUCUUUAACACCCUCUGAAUAGGAGAUAAACGGCUUAACUGUGCAAGAUUGGAACUUUUAAUAUUUUUAUUUAACAAAACAAAAUGUGUGCAUGUUGCUUUUCUCCCAGUAUUAUUAUUAUUAUUAUUAUUAUUAUUUUCUUUUAACAACAACAACGCUUGUGAUUAUAGUUUAGAAAAAAAAGAGGGAAAUUUCUGGAUUCAAAUAGAACUUAUGCAGAAUUACAGCGACAAAAUGUCUGUAAAAUUAAAUAAAAAUGCAUUCUAUUUCAAAAUGAAUUAACCAAAUUGAAAAAGAGGAUUGGAAGGAAGGGGGGAGGGAGAGAGAGAAACAAGAAACUAUAUCAUCACCUUCUGACAGUAGAUGUAACCACCCUCCCCAAACCUGACUUCAAAACAGAGUAGUUUGUUUUGUUAUGACUUCCAUUUUUCCUUCCACCCACAAACCCCAUGGUAUUGGUAAUUCUCAAACACACAGCUUCGUUGUGAAACAGAGUUGGGUGAUCACACAAAUAUAUUGAUUAAAAAAACCCCACCAAAAUAUAUUGAUCAGAUUCACCAUUUUACCAUGUCAACUUCCAUAAUGUAAGUUAUGGUACCUGCUCUCAUCGUAUAAAUGUAUUUUAAAAGCAUGCUUUUGUGUUGUUAUAAUUAUUAUUACAGUGGUACCUCAGGUUACAAACACCUUGGGUUACAAACACUUUAGGUUACAGACUUCACUAACCCGGAAGUAGUACCUCGGGUUAAGAACUUUACCUCAGGAUGAGAGCAGAAAUCGCACGGUGGCAGCGGGAGGCCCCAUUAGCUAAAGUGGUACCUCAGGUUAAGAAUGGUUUCAGGUUAAGAACUGACCUCUGGAACAAAUUAAGUUCAUAACCAGAGGUACCACUGCAUAUAAAUGUGUUUCUUUUCAUAAAUCUGAUGAGUACACUUACUAUACCGAAUCUUUAAAUAUAUGGUUUCUUCCUCUCUCUCUCUUUUUUUCAAGGUCUCUUCCUGGGACAACAGCUGCUGAAUGUGCAUCAAAUUUAAAGAAAAUCUACACAGUACAAACUGUGCAGGUAACAAAGAUGCUGCAUAUGAGAAUUUCAUGUUGCAAUAUAAAAUCCCAGAUAUUAUCGAUAGACCAAACAGGUUUUUUUUUCCAGGGCUGAGAUGUAACUUCUAAUCUAACAAAAAAAUUGAAAAAUCAGUCAGUUUGGUUUAUGAUAAGGCAUUGUAUUACGAUCAGUAGAAAUUAGGGAAAAAAUGCUUUUUGCAAACACCCUUUACAGGUCUAAAGUCAUUGUUAUUGCAGGAACAGAAAACUUAUUAUGUAUCACUGAGUUUGCCCCUAAUAAAAUGAUCAUUCUUUGUAUAUUAAAUUUAAAAGUAUAGGUUUUAUUAAAAAAAGAAAAAGCCACACAUUUACUCAUUUACUUAAAAAAAAAUUUUUUUGUCAUGAAUGGAUAUAUAAGUUGCUGAACUGUAGGGAAUCCAGCAUCAGUUUCUGCUAGUUUAUGAUAAACAGGCAAAAAUUUGAAGCUGAGAACAGAAGAAUUCCUCAGUGCUAUAGUAAAACAAAGAAAAUUACUGUGUAGUCUAACUUGGUCUCAUCACAGUGUCAAGCAGACACAGAAAGUGCUCAUUUUCAGGAAGCGGGGGUUCUGUGAAUACUAAUUUUGGUGCAUGAAACAAAAGGAAUUGGAGGCCGUGUGAUGUAAAGGCCUUGUCACCAUGUUGCAGUACAGAUGGCCAGAAUCCCAGGCUGCAUUCCUGCUGCCAGUGUCCGCUCCCCAUCUUUUGAGGCCUACUCAGGAAGACAGAAAUGGACCCACCAAUCUGUAUAGACCAAACAUCAACAUGAGAAAGCCCACAAGCAAAAAAGGCACUGAAUAAUUCUCCCUUAUAUUGUGGGAAAUUCCAGUGCUGCCUUGGAAGCAGAAAUGCAACCUGCUCUUGCAUUUGAAAGUUGUGCUGUACUUCUUGUUCUCAGUGUACAGGGAUUGUAAUGAUCUGAUUCAAGGUUGUGUCCAACAACGUCAUUGCAUGAGUGGAACAACGUCUGUUUAUGCCUUGGAUCGUAGCUCCCCCCCCCCAGUGUGCACCCCCAACUUGCUCUGGAGAAUUGGGGGGUCCCUUAGAGCAGAUAUUUGUGGGGGGAGAAGUUCUGUUGCACAAGUGGAAGAUGCUCCCCCCACACAGUGAUUUGGUUAGAUGCAACCAGCUGUACAUUGUCUUGCAUGAAAUUCUUCCCUGAGUAGUCUCUUAAGUUUUACUCAGAACAGAUCUGUUGAAAUCACUGGACAUAACAUUGUUGUUUAGUCGUUUAGUCGUGUCCGACUCUUCAUGACCCCAUGGACCAGAGCACGCCAGGCACUUCUGUCUUCCACUGUCUCCCGCAGUUUGGUCAGACUCAUGUUUGUAGCUUCGAGAACACUGUCCAACCAUCUCGUCCUCUGUCGUCCCCUUCUCCUUGUGCCCUCCAUCUUUCCCAACAUCAGGGUCUUUUCCAGGGAGUCUUCUCUUCUCAUGAGGUGGCCAAAGUAUUGGAGCCUCAGCUUCACAAUCUGUCCUUCCAGUGAGCACUCAGGGCUAAUUUCCUUAAGAAUGGAUGCGUUUGAUCUUCUUGCAGUCCAUGGGACUCUCAAGAGUCUCCUCCAGCACCAUAAUUCAAAAGCAUCAAUUCUUCGGCGAUCAGCCUUCUUUAUGAUCCAGCUCUCAUAACUUAGUCAUGUUCUUUAAUUUCAGUGAGUCCACCGUGAGCAGAACUUAGUUGAAUACCACCCAUAGUCUUUAGUUUGGGGGAGUAAAGGCCAGGUAGGAAUAUAUGCACAUGGUUGUCUUGAAGAUUUUGCACCCCAGGAUUCCCCUUACCCAAUUUCUUAGUAGCAGCUAGUGGCAUAACAUAAUUUCUCUUCUCCAUGCACUCCUCCCAUGCACACUCAAAAAUCUGUACACUCAGAAAAUAAAAAAAAACCACAGAGCAGAUAUGUGGAGGCACAUGAAAGGGAAGGUGAAGAUUCAUUGCCGAAACAGAAUUCAUUCUGCUUGUUCAAUGGCUUCAUUGGAUGCAACCCUUUGAAUGUUCAAUGCAGAACUAGUUAGCUAUAGGUAUACUGGAUAGUUGCCCUUUCAAAAAUAAUAAUUAAAAAGCAUGCUUAAAAUGUCAUGUUUAAAAUCAUUGUUUAAGAUGCUUAUUGUUGAUUCAAUUCCCUUGUUGUUUAGGAUGUUGGGGGUUCCUUGUUUUCUUUAUGAAGAUAACAUUAUAGCUACAAUUUACUUUAAAAUGUGUUAGUUGUUUUGCUGAAAGUUAUGGGCUGCAAGUUUAAGGGGUGACUUACAAACUCAUCUGAGAGGGCAUUGAAUACAGAACUGUUGCAUUAUUGAAGAUUAGUUGUAGGCUAGUGGCUCAGUUUCUACCACGGUGGAAGAAAACCAGCUUCCUUAGGAAACACAACUGGGUCUAGUUCCAAUACCUUGCAUUUUGCUUGAAACUGUUUCACUUGGUUAUUGCUUUUUAAAUCACUGUACAGUGGUACCUCGGGUUAAGUACUUAAUACGUUCUGGAGGUCCGUUCUUAACCUAAAACUGUUUUUAACCUGAAGACCACUUUAGCUAAUGGGGCCUCCUGCUGCUGCUGUGCUGCCGGCACACGAUUUCUGUUCUCAUCCUGAAGCAAAGUUCUUAACCUGAAGCACUAUUUCUGGGUUAGCGGAGUCUGUAACCUGAAGCGUCUGUAACCCAAGGUACCACUGUAAUAGUUUUGGACUGUAUCUUAUAGUAACCCACCCUGGCAUAUUCUGGUGAAGAGCAUAUAGGAAAUCAAAAAGUCUUGGUGUAGCUAUCCUUCAGGUUAGGGAAGCAUGUAGAAAAAACAAGAGCAACACCCUGUUCCCUAUUUCUGAACAUGGAGAGCUCUCUUAUACCAAGUCAGUUCCUUGGACUGGCAGUGACUCUCUUGCAGGGGGUGGUCUUCCUUAUCUGGAGAUGCCAGCGAUUGAACCUGGCACCUCUUUCAGGCAUAGCAUGUGCUGUACCACAGAGCUAAACAAAGCAAGGAAAUGCCGUGCUGUUAUGUGUGAAUUUACGAAGUGUAAUAAUUCUCUUUAGAUCUUCUGGAGUGUUUAUAACAAUAUUCCUCCUGUGACAAACCUGCCUCUGAGAUGUAGUUAUCAUUUAAUGCGUGGAGAAAGACGGCCGCUGUGGUAUGUUUAUAUUCACAUUAUUAUGGCACUCUGGGCACAAACUGCAUUCAUUAUUUGUUUAUUUACUUGUAAGUUAGAAGAAAUGGGGAAAAAAUAGAAACAAAAGUGGAGAGGCAGGGGCAGGGGGAAGAUCAGAAGGUUAUUUUUUAAAUAAAAAACAACAACUAUGUUUAGUAAACAUGAUAAAUUACACUGAAAUGGUUUUUGUUUGCCCAUGGUGUUUUUUAAACGUUAAUAUUAUGCAAUAUGAUUUUCGCAUAUAAUUGCCUAAAAGUAGGCUUUGCAAAAUCAAGUUAAAAUAUGUUGAAAUUUUGGUUAUUUGUGGCAAGUGCUGCAUAGACAAGGCUGGGCUUCAGGGAGCUAUGCAAUCAGUUGCCCUCUCUCAGCAUAAACUUUGGAUUUAUGUUUCUUGAACAGUAGAUCACUUUUUCAUGUGGCAGACCACCUUUGAAAUGGAUACAAAUGCAGAGAUACAAGUGGAGUUUUGCGGGUGGUGGUGGUGGGGCACAUCUUAUGCUCACAAAGUGCAGUAUCCUGCUGGGAGUGCUCAAGGUCUUGGACAUGCCUGAAGUAGCCAUGUCCAAUGUAUUUAUAAAGGUAAAGGGUAAAGGGACCCCUGACCAUUAGGUCCAGUCACAAAUGACUCUGGGGUUGCGGCGCUCAUCUCGCUUCAUUGGCCUAGGGAGCCGGCAUACAGCUUCCGGGUCAUGUGGCCAGCAUGACUAAGCCGCUUCUGGCGAACCAGAGCAGCGCACAGAAAUGCCGUUUACCUUCCUGCCGGAACGGUACCUAUUUAUCUACUUGCACUUUGACGUGCUUUCGAACUGCUAGGUUGACAGGAGCAGGGACCAAGCAACGGGAGCUCACCCCGAUGCGGGGAUUCGAACCGCCGACCUUCUGAUCGGCAAACCCUAGGAUCUGUGGUUUAACCCACAACACCACUCACGUCCCAAUGAAUGUAUUUAUAGAAAAAAAACAAAAAAAACCCCUAUGGAUCUUGCAGACUUGAAUCAAACUUCUGCUUACUUGGAUGUUGAUGCUGACAACUUGCUCUUUUUAAAACCUAAGACCAAAAUGCGGUGCACGUUCUUGUUACACGCACAAUGUUUUUCCCUUAAAACCAUGAGAAGAGUCUACUGAGGAAAGCAAGACAAAUACUGUAAAUCAUAAAACAGUCUGUACAAAUGAACGUGUUUUUUAAAAAACACACAUGGUUUUUUUAAAGGCACUUGCUGCUUAAGCUGCAGUUCUGAAAAAAGUACUGGCCAUCAAUGGGGAAAGGCAACAAACCAUUAUGCCUGUCUUGUAGACUCAGGAAGUUAAUGUUAUGAGGGGCUGCAUCAGUCUACAGUAGAGGUGUAAACAUGGGCAGAUUGCAAAAGUGAGCAACACUUGAUAAAAUUGCUGCUUUGGUGAGCCUCACCUAGUUUGCUGACAAGUCCCGCCCGCACAUGAUGCAAAAAGUCAUUAUACCCAAGAUCAAGGUGAGCUGUAUGUUUGGGCAAGUGUUUUUGUCUCUUCCGAAAUUAUUUUAGACUUGCUUAUAGGGGAUUUGUUCCCUUUUUUUCUAUGCUAGAAGGAUGCCAAAGGGAAAUGAAAGCUGUUCUGUUUCCUUUCAUACCUGCACUUGUAUUUGAAAGCUGCAUCUAAGAGGGGCCAUAGUUUGAAGGUCAUAAUUGAAAAAAUAUGCUUGUUUCUUCUGAAGUCCCCUUGAUCAAAAGUUUCACAGUCACUUUUUUGUAGGGGAAAAUUGGUAGCACUAAUGUCACAGCUAAGUCAUUUCCUUUUAAUUAUUUUGAUAGCGGCCUUGUUUUUGUCUUCUAAUUCAUGAAAUGUGGUUUAAUAAUCAAGAUUAUAACAAUGUUUGAGGAGUGUAUUUAUUAUAUAUAAUAAACCAUAGACUUGCGUGCCUUCCCUGCCUUUUUCACUUAUUCCGAAACUUUCACCAGCGGAACUGCCUAUCCACAACCCAGAUUUUGCUUUAAAUGGCACUAGAAUGUAUACUUGUAUCAUAACUGUUAGGUUCUGAAGUAGGGUUACCUAAAUUGCAGUAUAUUAGUCAACAAAGUUAUUCUAUUAGUGCAAAGACUUUCACCUGUGCACCAGGUAUCCUCUCCCUAUGCAUCCUUCAAUCUGUUCUAGAGGUUCCUCCAGCCCUUUGAAGCAUAUUGGGCGGGGUGGGGGGGGAAGUCUCAACACGCAGGAAGAUGGCCUUUGCACUGUUGGGACAAACUUGUUGGAUAUGAUCCAUGAUAAAUACAUGUUUAGGUAUGAUCAGGCUAUGUUCAGAAAAAUCUUUUCAUGCACCAGCAGAUUACUCAGAGUCUGCCUACCAUUAGGCAGUGUGAAGCAGUUGUUUCAGGCAGCAGGUGCUGGAGGACAGUAGCACAAUAGGUUUCAUUUUUUCCUCAAAGUACGUCAAGUCCUGCAACUUCUAUGAAGUAUGAACAAGCUUUCCAUUAUUAUUAUUUUGACUGAUUUAUUGUGUUGGCUUGGGAAGGGGUGAAGAACUAAAGCAGGCAUAGGCAAACUCGGCCCUCCAGAUGUUUUGGAACUACAACUCCCUUCAUCCCUAGCUAACAGGACCAGUGGUCAGGGAUGAUGGGAAUUGUAGUCUCAAAACAUCUGGAGGGCCGAGUUUGCCUAUGACUGAACUAAAGCCUGACCUGUUGACCACUAGGCAUCCUAUUUGGUCCUUUCCUAUAUUCUGAGAAUUCCCUAGGCAUUUCCCCCUGCUUCAGAGCUAAAAAACUUGCAUUUAUUUUUAUGUUUAAAUGAGGUAAGAUUCUGGGCUGUUGGAAUCUGUGCCUUUGCACUGUACCUAGGUGUAAAAAAAUUGCCAGUCUGUGCAGCCAAGCUUUGUUUUUUCCUCACAACUCAGGGAAGAAGAAAGCAAUGCCAAGGGAGGUGUGUGGAAAAUGAAGGUCCCCAAAGACAAUACGGUACGUGCUUAACAUUAUAUAUAGUCGUACCCAGUUGGUUAUGGUGAUGCAGGUGCGUGUGGUCUACUUAUUUAACUGUAAAGGAUCACUCACACUAAACUUCAGUUGUAUAAUGAGAUGACCUUUUUUAUUUUUUAUCAUGGAUAGCUCAAGACAUUUUAUGUCUGCCAGUGUAGUGUAGUGGUUAAGAGCGGUGGACUUGUAAUCUGGUGAACUGGGUUCGUGUCUCCACUCCUCCACAUGCAGCUGCUGGGUGACCUUGGGCUGGUCACACUUUUCUGAAGUCUCUCAGCCCCACUCACCUCACAGAGUGUUUGUUGUGGGGGAGGAAGGAAAAGGAGAUUGUUAGCCACUUGAGACUCCUUAAGGGGAGUGAAAGGUGGCAUAUCAAGUUCAAACUCCUCCUCCUCCUCCUCUUCUUCUUCUUCUUCUUCUUCUUCUUCUUCUUCUUCUGCCUCUAAUAGCAUUCUGAAGUGUGUGUUGUUUUCUGAGCAUCAGACUUCCACUCAUGUGGGUGCUGGCUGCUUAAAAGCUGCUGGCACUGUUACUAUUUUCUUCAGAUGACCGUUGUAUAUUUAUCAGACAGCCAGUAUCUUCACUUUUACUUUUGCCCUCUUUCCUGCCUAUAGUAUCUGGUUUGCUCCAGAACAGAUUUGGAUGCAUGAUCAUUGAAGUUUUGAUUGAAGUUGGUGUGAUAUCCAACUAAAUCAUACUCUGAGUAAACCCUAUGAAAUUAAUGGGCAAGUCCACUGGUUUUAUGGUUCUGCUUUGAGCAUGAAUUAGCUGGAUAUCACCUGUUGAAUAUGUUCAAGUUAAACAUAUAGAUAUAAUUUUUGUGAAAUUGUAAUAAAAUGCACCAGAAUAAUGUUGAGGCUGUUGCAGACAGUAUAGCUGUUCAAACUGCAAAUGGAAUACUUACUGAAAUGUAACCAGCUUCUUCAUUUUCUUGGUUUUUUGCUAGUCUGCAGUUUGGAAAGAACUGUUGCUUGCUACAAUUGGGGAACAGUUUACAGACCGCUGUGCAGGAGGUGAGAAAGUACUUCCUGUUAUUUGCUUUUGUCUUGAUUUUUUGAGCACCCCUUGCUUAAGUUUUAAGCAUAAAAUAGGUGCAGCACAGAAAAGGUUACUCAUUGCUAGCAUAAUUUACAAAUAAAAAUCCCCUGCUGACACUUUUCAUCCUAUCAAAGCGCAUUGUCCCUUUGCCUGAUUAAGCCUAGGGAGAGGGAUUGAUUUUCUCCAACUUUGUUCAGGCAACCUCCAUAAUCCAAGCGAAUUAUCCAACUGUUUGAUCCUUGCCAGGAAAAGAAUGUAAAUGUCUUCACUUGCCAUCCUACUUUUGUUUUUUUGUUUUUUGUUUUUUAAAUAAUAUUUAUUGCUUUUAUACCUUACAAAAAGAAAAAAAGAAAAAAGAAAAGAAGAAAAAAAAGGCAAAAGAGAAAACAAUACAAUACAAUAUAUAAACAAUACAAAACGCAACAUUAACAUUAACACAUUAAACAAAACAAAAGCAAAAACAAUUCAAAAACACGCAUCAUACCAUCUCAAUAUCCUCUCUUUCAUUCCCUUGUUUCAUCGACCUCCUCUCACCUCCCUUUUUGUAUUCCAUUUCUAUUAAUUGUUUCAGCAAACCCUUUCCAUCUUUCUCUAUUGUCUGUCAUGUAAUUAUCUUAACAUAUUUUAACCUUAUUUUCCAUUAAUACUAUAAUACUUAUUUAUACUUAAUUCCUUAGAAUAUUUCUACUAAAGCCGUAUAAUUCCCUUCCAACAUUUUUCUAACACUCAUUAAUUUUACAUUAUUUCCAUAUAUAGAUUUUAAACUUUUUCCAAUAUUCUUCCACCGUCUCUUCUCCCUGGUCUCGGGUUCUGCCAGUCAUUUCCGUCAAUUCCAAAUAGCCCAUCAACCUGGUGAUCUUCUAUCCGAGGCUCUUAACUCUUUUCCAAGUCCCUUCUGCAAGUCUUCUUCAUAUUUAUACAUGCACAUUACUUUGUCUUCUCCUGAUCUUGUUCUUAUUUUCCUUCCUUUGAUGCUGAAAAGUAGAUCUCCGGGAAAUUCCCAUCUAGCAAUGUUUUUAUUCCUUCUUGACAAGUCAGCCAAAUCUCCAUAGUUAGAACUGAAAUUCAAAAGAUAUUUCCAGUCGUGUUUCAAAGUUCCUUCAAGUCGGGCAGUCCCCACAACUCCAGUCUCCUUCUGACCCAAGUCCAGGUCCCAAAGGUCAAUCUCCAGUCCAAGCGGGGCUCCAAUCCUAAAAAUCUGACUUUCUCUAAAUUUAGUCUUGGAAGGCAUCAACUUAUAAUCAUCAAAUUGCAACUGUAAGGCUGGAGCUCUCUCCCUCACCACUUGUGCCGCUUUAGGUUCCACAGCAAAAACUUUCUUCCCUGCCUUCUCCUCAAUUUGCCAUGUCAAAAUAGAUCCCUGUAUCAAUUCCUGAAUAAUCUCUGUACUAAUGUUGACUUUUUGUGCCAAGUUAGUCACUUUUUGUUCCAAGUUAUCAAUUUUUAUAGUCCUCGCAUCCGUCUUCUUAUAAAGCUGUUCCAGUGAAUCAUUAAUCUUACAAAACGCAACCACUAAGGCUUCUUCUGUCAACACUCUUAACGAUUCAAGGUCAAUCCCAGAUUCUCUCAGUUUUAUCUUGCAGGUGGAAAAUUCCCCCAGCUCAGCUCUUGUAACAAUUUCAAAGGCUUCCUCUAGGGGGAAACAAUUUCUAUUUGUAUCAAUCCUUUUAAGCACAGUUCAAACAAUAAAGUUAGCUUCAAUUUUCAGUUACUUUUACUCCUUUUUAAACGCAGAAGGAGACAAUGGAAACAAUGUAUUUCUCUUCUUUAACUUACUGUCAGCAGACGAUCUAUUCACAGUCAAUGAGCAUAUCCGAAACUUCAAUCUUUACUAGCAGCCCGUUUCCAGGUUCAGAGCGGUGGUAAUUUGACUUUCUUCACUCUCUCCUGCAGGCUUACGCGAUCUUAAAUUUCCCCCCUCUUCUCCUGCUUCCAAGGGGGGUUUGAUGGUUUAACCGAUGGAAGUUAAUCCUUUAUGUGAGACUUUCCAAGGCUUUAGCUUGCAGCCUCUUUGCUUCAAUCUAUUUACAAAAAGGGGAGGCGGACUUCCUGUUUGAAACCUCCCCAUUUCGGUGCCAAAUUAAGACGUUUAAAAAUCCAAUUUUCCGUUCUACUCACGGGUAGUUGUUUUCAGAUCAAAUUGUCUACAGGAAAAAGUCAGCGCUCUCCUGCAACAGCAAUGCGGCUUCACUCCGUGAAAGAAGCAGUCGAUUCGAAGCACCGCGCCACUCACCCCACGUCGCUCCGGAUCCCCGAAACCGGGUUUCCCGCGAGUAGGGGAGGCGCAAAAGGUGCCAGCCGAAUCCCACGUCCACAAGCUUCUCCCGCCUGUGGUUUUUAGUGGGUCUCCGCCUUCGCCGUGGCGGCCAGACCCUGAUUUCCACGGAGCGGAUUCCUCCCGAUCAGAGGAAUUCCUCCAUUGCCGGAGGCGCUAACCCGGAAGUCUCCACUUGCCAUCCUACUUUUGACAUAUCGGCAUUGCUCGCUUUUUGUAGAAUUUGUGGACAGAGAGUGGGAACAGGACUGCCACAGAUCCUACACAAAGUGACUCAAAGGAAGAAGAGAGAACCUAGAGGAAAGAGGUUGCUCUUUCAUUGGCUGCCAUCACUUUCGGUCAUUAACAGUGGAAAGGCAUCCUCCUGCUGUGUUGGUUAAUGAUUUGAAAGGAGUAUUUCUUGACCAAGUCAAGACAAAUAAAGCAUAAGAGGGUACUGGUGCUUUGGCAAAAGAUUCUGCCUCCCUUAGUGCCUGAUUAUGCACCAACAGAAAGCCCGCACCACGCACUGCAAUGAGGGUCCUAGAGAUGUUAGGCGCUCCAGCUUUACACACAAAAUUCACGAAUCAUGCUGAUGUUCUUUGCAUCUCUCUAGAUUUCCGUGCUCUUAUUUGGAAAACAGGCUUACCUUCAACAACAAAAUACAAAUUCUAUUAAGUUUCAUAUAAUAGAAUAUAAGUGUUACCAAUCGUGCUUAGAUUUAGUCUUAGUGAUUUUGGGACCUCUUGUUUUAUGUUAUGUCCACUAUAUAUAGUGAUUGGGAUGUCUAAAUAGUCCCCCCUCCUCAAAUAAUUAGAGCAGACAGAAUUAUACUGGUGGUUAGGGCAGCAAUCCUGUAUACACUUACCUGGGUGAAAGUCCAUUGAAAUUAACAAUUGUCUUCUGAGCCAGGCAUUCAGCUACUGCCUGACCAUGUUUGGUCUUUUUGUGUAUGCAUAUAAUAUAUAAAAAUCAGAUACAGGGCUCAGCUGUUUACAUUAUCCCCAUAAUGUGGUUUGUGACCUUUUUACUGGUCUGCACUUUUAUCUGUAGUGUCAUAUUUUCUUACGUAGCACUUCUUGGGAUAAUGCUAGCAAAUAGCAUUAGAAAUAGGAUAGGUACUUUUCUGUGUUAAAAUCUGAAUUUGCAUGAUUGCUCUCCCUCCCCGGCUUUGUAUACCCAAUAUAGUACCAACCAUAAAUAAAUAAAUGUCCUUUUAUAGGUACAGUUGUUUUACAGCAGGCAUCCCCAACCUUCUGCCCUCCAAAUGUUUUGGACUACAGUUAUCAUCAUCCCUGACCACUGGUGCUGUUAGCUAGGGAUCAUGGGCGUUGUAGGCCAAAACAUCUGGAGGGCCGCAGGUUGGAGAUGCCUGUUUUACAGUGAUGAAAUAAGUAAUAUGUGUCAGUGGAUAGUAAAAUAAAAUAAUGUUAUUAUUUGAUUGGUUUGGAAAGCCAUGCAGGGUUGAAUUACUUGCCAUCUCCCAGACUGCUGUGGUUCAGUCAAACCAACAAAAACAAGCCAAAAGCACAAACAGGGCAACACAUUUCAAAAAUCUCUGUGAUAUGCUUAAUACUAAAGUUACCUAUUUAUAGCUCAUAAUUAUUGAGGUAGAAUUUAUACCAGUUACAAGGGAAAGUUGUACAAAAAGCAUGUUUACAGUAAAGUUCCCCCACCUAACAGCAUGUCCUUUAGGACUAAUUUGUUGUUUUUUAUUCAUGGUGUGUUUUUGAUUUGGGGUGAAGAGUCCAUACUGGCUCCAGUAACAAAGAUAGUUUUUAGAUGAUGAUGAUGAUGCUUUCUCUUGGCAGGUGAUGAAGUAAUAGGAGUUAGCGUCAGCGUCCGUGAUCGGGAAGAUGUUGUUCAAGUUUGGAAUGUAAACGCAUCAUUAGCAAGUGAAGCUACAGUUCUAGAAAAGAUCUAUGAACUUUUGCCCCAAACAUCUUUUAAAGCAGUUUUUUAUAAACGUAAGUAAAAAUUGUGUAUGUAGCAUGAAGCAGAGUGUGCUGUCCAAAUGACUUUAAUCAACAAAAUGUAUUUAAUUCUUGCAUAUUUAAUAAUUGCGUCAUCUUGUCUUUCAGCUCACAAAGAGCACCAUGCUUUUGAAGGUGGACGCAGGAGACAUUAACACAGGAGACAGUCCUGAACUCAAGUUGUAAUUUUUAGUUUUUGGGGGUUUUUUUUGAGAUCAUCACAGUGGAAAGAUGGACAAAAACACUUGCAAAAGCACCACAAAGCCUGGUUAUUUUAGAUUGUUAUAUUCCUCUUGAGCUGGUGCUAUUCAAAAGCAAGGAGUAUUGCUGCCUCAGUUGCUGAUUGUGAUGUUUCCUUUCAUGACUGCUUAACAAAAAAAAAGUCACUUUUACUUAGUAUUCCUUUCUUUUUAAGGUAGAAGACUUUACAGUUAAGUAGUUUACUAUACCUAGUUCAAAUGCAAAUAUGCACAGGCAUGAUAUGCUGCUCUUUCUAGACUUGCUGUACCUAGAGAAAUUAAUAGCUUUGUGAACCAUGUUUUUCUGUAAUACUUUGCUUUGAGACAUUCCUAUCAUGUUAAGAGAUACACACAGAUUUGUCCCCCAGAGAGGUUGUAAUUUGCACUGUCCUAAUAGGCAGUGGGAGAAAUCCAAGGGGAAUCCUGCUCAAGCUCCAUUGAAAUGAAUGGAGCUCGCACAGUACCUGGAUUGCUUCCAAUGUCCUCUGCUUAUGCACUGAUAAUGCGCAUACUGUAAAUAUAUUUUAAUGAUCACUGAACAGAGCCCAUAGACUGAAAAUACACUUCUGAUGUGACUAAUUUUAAACUCUUUAGAUACAAGCCCCUUAAAAUAAGGGGCUGGUUCUCACUUGGUGAUGGCCCAUAUCUGUCCUGAGAGCACAGGUAGACUUGAAGCUGGACAUUGCUCGGGUUGAAGCAUUGUUUGUGAUGAUGUAUCACUGUUGAUUUCUGUGAUCAUAGUCACACUGGAACAGAUGCAGUUAUGCUGAUUGUGGUAUGGAAGCUGCCAUCAGGUGUGGAGCAGUCAGUUGUUGAUUGGCAUUUGUUUUUAGCUAUUUCAAAUACCUAUGGGGGGGGGGGAUGAAUGAAAUCGCAACUCUUUGUUCCAGAGGUGCCUAAUAUAGUUUGAAUUAAAAAUAAUAAUAAGUAUAAUAUUUCUUUUUUAAAAAAACAAACACCAAAACUUAAACCCCUCUGCUGUGCUCUCACUUAAAAUGGGAACCUUAACAAAUCUUCUUUAGCAAACUCUUUAUAAAACAGAUCUUCCCUUCUUACCCCCCUGCAAUCAUAUCAGAUGUGUUCUUCACCCAUGAAGGUCAGUAUCAAAUGCAUAGUAAUUUUUAUUGUAAACAUAACUAGUUCAACUGUAUCUAGUUGCAAGCUAUGAUGGCGCCUUAAAUACAUUUUUCGAUAGAGAAGAAAAGUUGAUUACACUUUGAAGCAUGAAUGUGAAAAUUCUCAACAUUAGUUUGUGUGUGUUUUCCUCCCCGCACUAAUUAUUGGAGUUUUUCUUGUGCUUUUUAUUACAGUACCAAAGAUUUAUUUAGUUCCUCACAAUGAGCUAGAGGAAUGUGCAUUCUCUUCUAGGCAGCAUUACUGGAUUAGCAUUUAGUAUUUUGGAAAUCGUUCUGACUGCACUGAUAACAACCCAUUUAAUCCUACAAGAGGCAGCCAUUGGAAUUCAAUGUGUUUCUAAAUGAAUCAAUUUCCCCUUUUUAAUUUUUGUACUAGUUCAUUUGUAUUUAUGAAUUAAGAUUUGUGCAUUUUAACUAGCAUUAUUAAAAGUUUUAUAAACUCGUACACAUCUAUUCAGAACUGCAUUUAUUAUUGGGUUCCCUCUCUCUUUUUUUAAAAAAAAAUUUAAGUGUUCUUCAAGGCCACCACCCUGAAAUGCUAUUUUUAUACAUAAGAGCAAACAUUUGUCUAUAUUUUUCAAAGACCUAACAGUACAGUAUGUCCACGGUAUUUACAGAAUCAGGACUGAAGAAGCCAUUACUAAAAUUUCAAAAAGGGCUCAUAAAUCACUUUCGUCUCGUUGGGGAAACAUUGGAGAGGCAACUCAGCACUGAACAUCACAAGAUGCUCUAGUCUAGAACAUGGGUAGGCAAACUAAGGCCCAGGGGCCUGCCCCGGCCCAAUUGCCUUCUAAAUCCAGCCUGCGGAUGGUCUGGGAAUCAGUGUGUUUUUACAUGAGUAGAAUGUGUCCUUUUAUUUAAAAUGCAUCUCUGGGUUAUUUGUGGGGCAUAGGAAUUCAUUCACUCCCCCCCCCCAAUAUAGUCCGGUCCCCCAGAAGGUCUGAGGGACAGUGGACCGGCCCUCCUGAAAAAGUUUGCUGACCCCUGUUCUAGAAUAUGUCACUGUCAUUCUCUAACUUUAUUUUAUUUGGCUUCCAUAGCAACAUAGUAAUGUCCCUCUUAGACAUAGGCAUGAACCAUGUACAAUAAAACCAUACCAUUUAGCAACCAUACCUGCGUUGGUGGGAUGUCUUUCCUUUUGGUCUGUUGCCAGCAACGGAGAUGACUCAGGAGGUGACAAUGAACAACCAGGAACAAGACCUUGGAGUCAUAGUGGGUAGCUCAAUGAUGAUGUUGACCCACCAGGGUGCAGCAGCUGUGAAAAAGGCAAAUUCCAUGCUAGGGAUCAUUAGGCAUGGAAUUGAAAAUAAAACUGCCAAUCUCAUUAUGUUGUCAUACAAAUCUAUGUUGUGGCCGUAUUUGGAACACUGUGUACAGUUCUGGUCAUCUUGCCUCAAAGAGGAUAUUGUAGAAUUGGGAAAGGGUUUAGAAAGAGGCAACCAAAACGAUGAAUGGGGUAAAGUUUGGCACGUCUUAGUUUAGAGAAAAGGUUGGCGUGAUAGAAGUCUAUAAAAUUAUGCAAAGCAUGAAAAAAAUAAGAGAAGUUUCUCUCUCUUUCAUAACACUAGCUUCUCCACGCCAGCCACUCUUGGAUGGCACUGAUGGUAUAUGAGUACAACUCAGAGUGACUUUUAGCCUGACUGGCACCGAAACAGUCUUGGCUGCCCUGAUGAACAAUGCGUACUGGCAAAAAGGCAAGGGAGUGUCGUGUUGGCAAUUUCCCAGGAUUUCUCAUUGGUAUCUGACACCCACCAGCUACUGUAUCCUUCUGGACUCAUCCUGGUAUCCUUAGGAUACCUCAGCUCCCGAACGCCUUGGGAGUCGAAAGUUCCGGCUCCCAAACAAUCAAAACCCGGAAGUGAUUGUUCUGGUUUUUGAAUGUUCUUUUGGAAGCUGAGCAUCCAACAGGGCUUCCUUGCAGCCGUGCUUUGAAAGUCGAACAUUUUGGGAGUCAUAUGGACUUCCGGAAUGGAUUCUGUUCAACUUCCGAGAUACGACUGUAAUUCUUUUCCUACCCUGCCGGAUUAACUCCUGAAAGUGGUGCUGGGGAAUUCUCACUCUUUGUUUUCUGACACUUGUGCUGUGAAAUACUGCAGUGCCGUUUUUGUCCCCCGUGCCAUGAAACAUACUACAACAACAGCACCAAAUGAGGUCGUUUUGAGUGAGGUGUUGUAACAGUCAUAAAUUAUAUUUCCAUUGCUAUAGUGGAAGUGUGGAACAGGUACCUCUGUUAGCAUUUCCCUCCUCCGUUGCUGAUGUGUGAUUGUUACAUCGCAUGUCUGUGUUUACUUUCUAGGCUUGGAAAGCUUGAGAACGGAAGCUAGCCUUAUCUCUUCCGCUCUGUUGUGUUUUUGUACUUUUUACUUUCUGUUCUCUCUCGGAGCUGAAGUGAGAGGACGCCAUGAUCACUUUGUCCCAUAUAUACUGCUUAAUAAAAGCUUAAAAUGAGC